AAUCUCUUGGCAAGCAGAGUGAGUGUGUGUGAGUGUGUGUGAGCGUGUGUAUGUGCAGGAAGAUAACGCUGAAAUAAAGAACAGGAAGAGAAGAUAGAGCAGCGCCAUCGCUGACAUACUGUUUUGGAUCUCCAGCUGUCUCAAAGUUCCUCUUCUGUCUGUAACCGAAGGUCCCUCUCAUGGGCAAAGUGAAGGGCAAGACCGGGCCCUUGGCUCGGAGGCCGGACAACUCUGCUUUCAAACAGCAGAGGCUACCUGCCUGGUCUCCCAUGCUAACUGCUAACACUGUUCUGCCCUUCUUCUACUUUAUGGCUUUGUUGUGCAUGCUGCUGGGAGUAUGGCUGCUGCUUACAGUGCAAAGCACAAAGGAAAUAAAGAUGGACUACACAGAGGCUGGGACAUGUGAUAGAUGUUUUGAAAUGCGUAAAAAUGUGAGCAACGCAGCACAAAUCUGCCGCUGCAAGGUGGAGUUUCACAUCGAGAAAGCAUUCAAGGGAGACGUCUUUUUCUACUACGGCCUCCAAAACUUCCAUCAGAACCUCCGCAGAUACAUGGACUCUAGAGAUGAUGGACAGAUGGUUGGAAGGAGGAAAAACUUAAAGAACCCUAGUUCAUACUGCAAUCCGUUUAUAACCGACCCAAAUGGACUCCCCAUCGCCCCCUGUGGUGCUGUAGCCAACAGUUUCUUCAACGACUCCUUCACUCUGAGCUAUCGAGGUUCCACUGGUCCUUGGGUUCCGGUCCCUCUGUUACGGAAAGGCAUCACCUGGUAUACGGACAAAAACGUCAAGUACCGCAACCCGACGGAUGGCAACAAGACACUCGCCCAAGUGUUUGAAGGUACAGCACAGCCUCUGUACUGGCAGAAGCCUGUGUAUGAGCUGGAUUCCUUUGACCCGACCAACAACGGCUUCAUCAAUGAUGACCUGAUCGUGUGGAUGAGAGAGGCAGCCUUCCCCAACUUCAAGAAGCUCUAUGGGGUUCUAUACCGAACCUCCAAGCCCUUUACCAAUGGUCUGCCUGCAGGGAAUUACAGCAUCGACAUUUCCUACAACUUCCCUGUGCAGUACUUCCAAGGCAGAAAGGAAGUGGUGUUGACAACGCUGACCUGGUUCGGAGGUCAGAACCACUUCCUGCCCAUCGCUUACCUCGUAACCAGCAGCCUGAUCCUACUUAUAGCCGUCGUCCUCACGGUGGUGUGGUGGAAGUUUGGGAAGAAUGAGAAGAACAUGGAGGAGUGAAGGGUAAGACGUGCACUGGGAUGCUGAGGAUGGAAAAACAAGUGGCUGAAAAGUGACAAUUUUCCUGCUGUGGGAGCUGUUUUCUGAGAGACAACAAAUCUGAAAUGGUUAAGGAGAAUGGUUUAAAAAAAACAAGUGAAUAAUUAAGUUUGACAUCUGGAAAAUAACUUUCCCAGCUAAAUGAACCACAUAUCAGGGCUUUUAUUAUGUUUCUCCAAACAACUGAACUGUCUUAAGUGUUGAUUUGACUUGAACUUUUGCAUUUUUUUCAAUACACACCAUGUUUGUCAUGCACUGUUAAUAUUUAUUAACAUAAGAACAAUAUAUUUUUUAUAAUUAUAACAGAGAAUUAACUAAAAUCUGUUCAAUGGUGUGUCAAAGCUGUAUUUUAUGUCUCAGUAAAUGCAAGGCAAAAAAAACCUACACUUUGAUAACAACAUACAAUUCAGAGCACCAAUUGUCAGAGAAUCCCUGUGGUGCUAAUUUAUAAGCUAAGGUGUCAUUUUGUGUACCAUGUUUUUAUAAAUUCAGCACAAUGAAGGUUAGCCUGUGCAGAUGCUAAAAACGAGCCUUGCUAUAAGGUAU